GUCUCUUGAGCCGGAGACCGGGGCCUCUCGGCGUUCAUGUCACCCUUGGGUCUGAAGAGACCAGAUCAAAGGGUCCUGUGCUGGAAGGAAAUCUAAGAUGAAGUUAUGGGAUGUGGUGGCUGUCUGCGUGGUGCUACUCAACUCUGUCUCCACCUUUCCUCUUCCCGCUGGUAAGACACCUUCUGAGAAGGCCCGCUCAGUGCCAGGAGGGACUGAAGAAGAGCACUCUUCCAACAGGCUGCUGACUCCUUUUGCUGGCCCAAUGGACUCGAAUAUGCCUGAGAACUAUCCCAAGCAUCUUGGUGAUGUAGUGGAUUUUAUUCAAGCAACAAUCAAAAGACUGAAGAGAUCACCAGAUAAACCAGCUCCGUUUUUUUCAAAACGGGAAAGAAACCGGCAAAAUUCAGCAAAAAACAGUAACUCCAGCAGCAGAAAGGGACGGAGAGGCCAAAAGGUCAAAAACCGGGAUUGUGUCCUAGCAGAGAUACAUUUAAAUGUGACUGACUUGGGUUUGGGAUACUCCACCAAAGAAGAGCUUAUUUUCCGAUACUGUAGUGGGACGUGUGAAUCCGCUGUAACCUUGUAUGACCAAAUUUUAAACAAUUUAACUCAAAAUAGAAAGUUGGUCAGUGACAAAAUCAGACCACAGCCUUGCUGCAGACCCAUUGCUUUUGAUGAUGACCUUUCAUUUUUGGAUGAUGACCUAACAACUUACCAUAUAUUAAGAAAACAUUCCGCUAAAAAAUGUGGAUGUGUCUGA